AUUGGUGCCAUUGGAGCAGCGGAGGUUAGCCUAGUAGCCAGCGUCAAUCAGAGAAGAAGCAGACCGCAGUGCAGGGUAGGAUAACAGGUACAUUAGGUGAUCACAGACAAAGCAGACAUGUCGUCAACAUCCCAGAAACAUAAAGAGUUUGUGGCGGAACCUAUGGGGGAGAAGUCUGUCAAUGCACUUGCUGGCAUUGGCGAGGUACUUGGCAAGCGACUGGAGGAGAAGGGCUUUGACAAGGCUUACGUAGUCCUCGGUCAGUUCCUGGUACUGAAGAAGGAUGAGGAGCUAUUCCGGGACUGGCUGAAAGACACAUGUGGGGCUAAUGUUAAACAGCAGGGUGAUUGCUAUGGCUGCCUGCGUGAAUGGUGUGACUCUUUCCUGUAGAGAAUCCACUUUCUCCUUUUUUUCUUUUUUUCCCCCUCAGUUUUUCCUUAAUCCCAAUCAUUUAUUUACCUAUUAUGGUCUCGCAUCAACUUACACCUCAUAUGGACUCACGGCACAUGAGGCAGAUAAAAAUGGACACAACACCUGGUUAUUUGGAACUAUAGUCACAAUUCAGAGACUUUUGAAUGCUUAAAUCUGUAAAACAUACUUUGCUGCAGUCGACCAUAGUGUUGUUUCCCCCGAUUGUUUAGCUCAGUAAUGCUGACCUUUUCUGUGAUUAAUAUUUUUGGCGGCACAGGAGCCUUGGGAAUAAGUUUAAUAUUGUUUUUCUGCACUGUGCUGUUUCACUUUGUCUGUCAAAGAAAUAAGCUUAUUUCUUAUUUAAUAAGCUUUAUCAACAUGGUCCUUUCACAAAAAAGAUGUAACUGAUGUUUGUACUUAUCUCAAACACUUUUGCCCCCUAGCUUUUAUUUAAAUUAACACUGAAUAGCAUUUUAAGCCAUUUUAAACGCUAUAGAUUUAAUGUCUGGUUUAAAAGUCAGAAUGUUGCACUGUUUUUACAACAGAGUUCACAGGAAACAAUUUUAAAAUUUGUAAUUUCCCAGUGUUGUCAUGUAUGUAUUUUCUGCUGUCAGUCAAAGUUGAUGAAAUGCCUUAACAUUGUACUAAAACAAAAUGUCUCUACAAUGUACUUUGUUGUGGAGCAGUGCAUGCAGAUUAAGACGUUAGCUACCACAUCACCCCGUUUUCAGUCCUCACACAAACUAUUAAAGCUUAAAGUAACCUAAAAACAACUUACAGCAGUUAUUCCAGAAUAUAUUUCUGAGCAUACUUGUGUUGCUUCUAGCAUUUAGUCACUAAAGAAUUGUUAUAUUCAAACAUUGGUUUUGUAUUUGACUGUGAAAGCAUGUGUAUUUUUAAUUUUUUUGACUUGAACAAAAGCAACUACACCAUCUGGACAGUUCACUUUGUGUUUGCAUUUUUCAGAAAUAAAGUCGGGAAUUAUAUGUAAACUUA